AUGACUAGCUUCCACUACACAGCGUCGGAGGAAGAGGAGCAGCUCGCUAACCAGAUCUUGACCAUGACCGAUUGCCACCACAGGGGGGUGCUCAGUGCGGACGCGGCCAUCGAGGUCUUUAAGAAGAGUGGGCUUUCGUAUGCGAUUCUGCGGGAUAUAUGGGCGAUUGCGGACGCCAAUGGGAGUGGAGAUCUGUCGCGGGAGGAGCUGGCAGUGGCGAUCCGCCUCAUGGGGUGGGUGCAGGCGGGCGAGGAGUUGGGUGACCAUCUGCUGAAGAAUGCUGGUCCUCUACCCACUCUCGAGGGCAUAACGGAUGUUGUCAGAAAAUCUGCAACAACUCAUACCCAACACUUUCCCCCUCUGAAUCCAGACGAUAUACGCAACUUUAGAGUGGUCUUUCUUAAGGCAGGCCCUGUGGAUGGUCUUCUGGAUGGGGGCAAGGUUAUGGAUUCUUUUAUGACGUCAAACCUAUCCUACGACGAUAUCUGGAAAAUCAAGACCCUGGUCGACUACAACGCUCGAGGAGCGUUGGAUUUCCGGGAGUUCUCCCUAGGGAUGUACCUUAUACAAGCUCUGCAAUCCUGUCUUAUUUCAUCGGUCCCAACUUCCUUCCCUCGCGAACUGUUCAAUCAAUUUCCUGAUCUUAAUGCGGGGGGAUUGAAACGGGUUCCUACAUCUCCUCCUUCAAUCCAACCAAUACCAGGGCCGUCCACACCCCCUUUGGUAGAUAUCGGUAGCGCUUCCUCGGCGAACUUAAAACGAUCCUCCACGUAUUCACCAACAUCAACCCAAACCUCAUCUUCGUUACCCGGGCCUUCCAGUGGGACCAAACCACAAUCACCUUCGAACGGCGAUUCGAAUCCUGAAACCUGGGAAAUUUUGCCAUUAGAGCGACGCGAAUCCGACAAACAAUUCAUUGAAGUGGACGUGGAGAAUAAGGGAUACAUUGAUGGUGAUAAUGCAGCAAGAUUCAUGUUAUCUUUUGGGCUUCCGCCUGAAGACUUGACUCGCAUAUGGACUUUAUCUGACCUCGAUAGAAACAAUCGUCUUACCAAGGAUGGAUUUGCAAUCGCCCUCCACCUCAUCAGGCAGCGAUUGGCAGGAAAUGAAAUGCCAGCAACGUUACCGGGCUCCCUUACACCGCCGCCGUCUCUUCCACACUCUCCCAAAUUGCGUAUGAACACAACUGUGCCGUCUCCCGCUUCUCCGACGACAUCUUCGACUCAGAUCGCGAAAAGUAAACCUCCUCCUCCCCCUCCACCCAAACGAGACCGGUCGGUGUCCUUAAAAGGACCCAACGGUGUAGGUCAUGUACGCAACCAAACGAUGCCCGAGAUGGUCUCAGGUCACCUUUCACUUCCAGUUACUCCUCUUACAUCUAGUCUUGGCUUGAGAUCAGGGCCUUCGUCCUCCGUAUCGUCUUUAGCCAGUCCCUCGAUACCCACUACUGUACCCGAAGAUCAGCUAUCGCCUUUCGAAGACCCUCUUUCUUCCACCUCGUCCCAUUCAUUUCCGUCGAAAUAUUAUACCCCAUCACCUGCACCAUCUCCGAGGCCGCCUGAUACCGUCAGCAUCGAAGUCCUGGAUGGGUUUAAAAAGGAGACCGCUCGCCUUUCUGCCCAAGUCGAAAGUCUGCUCAGUCAGCUCACCGCCCAAAACAGACUGCGUGAUUCCAAUGAGGCGCUCCGCAGCGAGAAUGACACAUUGAAGGCAGAACUACACGAAAUGGAGCGAACAGUCUCGGAGGUACUUUCUGCUAGUGAUUUGAAUGGGAGAAAUGAUCUUCAAGAAGUUGACCGGUUGACUGCGGAGUUGGCAAACAAGGAAGUGCAGUAUGAGAAUGUGGAGCGGAUGCUCGCUGUUGUCACAAAUGACAAAGAGGAGCUACGAGUUGCAUUGCGUGAGUCCCAACAGGCCACGCAGAAGGUUAAGAGCGAGUCUGAAGACCUCAAACACACAAUUACCACCCAAUCUAAGGAAAUCGCCGAGUUGAAGUCGCGGCUUUCCGAUAUGACGAGGGCGAUGUCUGAGCCAAGCUCUUCGACCAAUAAUCGUGAAUUGCGCGUGCUCAUCAGGGAUGUGACGAAGGAGAACGAUACGCUCAAGGGAGAGCUUCGGAACAUGCAAAAAUCGAUGGAGCAGCUUCUUUUGUCGACAAAGUUCCAUGCGCGGUACGACGAAGUGGAAAGGGAGAACAAACGACUGAAGCAGCAUGUGCAAGAUCUGGAGUUGAUUGCUGCACAGUCUCAGUCCUCCGGUGGCGGUCGUGCUGGUGGGAGGGGAAUAGAGAAUUUAACUCGUGAAAAUGAACAACUGAAAGCUCAGCUCAGAGAUGGUCAACGAGCGUUCGCUGAAUUCAGGUCAGCGAGCGAAACGAGGGCGGUCGAGCUACAGCAAAAGGUCGACAGUCUUACACAUGAAAACAAUCAAUUAAAGAUUGAUGUCAGCACAAGGAGAAAUCGACAGUCUCGCGAGGAUAACAGUAUUCCUCCACCCGCUUAUGACGACGCAUUUGUGAUCCCGCCAUGA